AUGUCGUUUACCCCAACCAAGCCUCGCUCGGAACUACCCGAAUACACUCCGCCGGCCCCAACUUCACAGGAGCUUGACUGGAUCCAACUGGUGAACAUUGAUCUGGCGAAGUACGAUAAUCUGUCUACACGUCAAGAGCUCGCCCGCGAACUAUUGACGGCCGUCACUGAGCAUGGAUUCCUGACCAUCUCUAACCACGGCAUUUCGCCGGAACUGUACCGGUCUCAGGUUAACCUGGCCAAUGCGGUUAUGACGCUACCUCCAGACGAAAAGCAGCCAUUUGAAGCUACUCCAGAGGAAGAUGCUCGUGGAAGAUACGUAGGGUUCAAGCCUUCCGGUGAACUGGGCAUCAAAGGUGGAUUUCACAAGAGUUUGGACCAUUACAACAUCCUGGUCCACGACCCCGAGAACCACCCUCACCCUCCCAUCCUGGAAGAAUACAAAGACGAAGCGAACUACGUGAUGCACUUCAUCCGCAACAACAUUCUUCGCAAGCUCUUAGUUCUCAUGUCCAUGAUCCUCGAGGUGCCUGAGGAGCGUGUUCUGGAGACUCAUUCCUUGGGUAAGGAGUCAACAGAAUAUCUCCGCUACAUGAUCUACAACCCACGCACCGAGGAAGACAACACUCGCUACCGCGACCUCUACCUAGCCGGCCACACCGACUGGGGCACAUUCACCUUUCUCUUCUCGCAGCCCAUCUCGGCCCUCCAGAUCCUCGACAAUAACGGGAACUGGAAGUGGGUCCAAUACCUACCCGACUGUCUAGUCGUUAAUGUCGGGGAGGCCCUCGAGCUUCUAACCGGUGGUCUCUUCAAGGCAACAAUCCACCGAGUCGUCAAGCCGCCGGUGGACCAGGAAAAAGCCAAGCGCAUUGGAGUUAUUUAUUUCUCGCGGCCGGAUGAUGAGCAGAUGCUUCGGCCGAUCGAGUCUCCGUUGCUGAAACGGUUGGGCAUUGAUAAGCCGCUUGACGAGACGGUUUAUAAUAUGGCGGAUUAUUUGAACGCUAGGAAACAUGGCUAUAAGAGGCUGGAUUUCGAUAAUGAUCGCCCGCGCCAGGAUGGGUAUCAUGCUGAUCCGUUCCAUGGAGUAUAUCCGGAUCCGGAGGGGUUUAAGGCGUUGGGGGUGCAGAAGGGAGUCAAGGUUUGA